AUGCCGAUUAAUCCUGAUGCUUACAUGUCAGGAGAUAUCCCCACUCUUUCCCGAGGAGGAUCAUGGCAACCACUUCCUGAACCCAUAAACAGACCCAGCGCUCCUGUUCCCGGUAACAAAACUUCCGGUUAUAUGUCUCCAAUGGGGACGGGAGGAGUGGGAAUAGGAAUAGGAAUGGGAAAUCCUUUUUCCGCCGCUUGGGAUUCUACAGGAUCAGGAAGUCAAAACCAAAUGAAUUCCGGUAAUUUAGGGAAUCAGAUGAAUAGUCCUACUAGUCCUGGCGGUACAAGUAGGAUGAAUGGACAAGGGUUUCCUUGGGGAAGGGGUAUGGGACAUACUUUUCCUUUGGUCGGAUAUCCAGGACAAAUUGGACAGCUAGGUUCCACAGGCCCCAUAGGACAAAUUGGACAGGUGGGACAGGUGGGACAGAUGGGACAAGGAGGAACUUCAACAACACAAGGUCCAAUACCUAAUCCAUUUCAAUUCCCUACUCAUCCUUUUAAUCUUCAAAAACCUCAUUUACCAUUCGCUCGUUCUCUUCCUUUCCCAAGAACUGGACCACUUUCACAUUCAGGUUGGUCUAACCCUCCUAAACCUUCCACUCCACUUUCUUCCCCUACCUCUCCUCCCUCACAAGAGAUUCAAUCUCAUUCUCGUAAAGAAUCAAAACACUCAAAGAUCCCUCACAAACCUUCGAACAGAAAGAAAGAUAGUCAAGGGUCAAAAUUUGGUUCAGGAUACACAGACGUAAAAUCAGGUUCUAUAUCCGUUGAAACAGUCAGACAAAGUAUAGCGGGGGAAAGAAGAUAUCGUAAUGGUAGUCAUAUUUGGCAAGGAGGAAGCUGGGAAAAAGAUUCUGGUAAACCUAAAUUAUUAUUACCUGAACCUAUUUAUCCUGAACCGGAAGAAAUUUAUUUGGUUAAACCUUCUUCUCCUGAUGAAAGUGGGAUGAUCAGGUAUGAUUAUUCUCAAGAUUCUCAAUACUCGCCUACGAAGAAAGAAACGAAUGAUAUGGCUCGUAUCAGGAACAAUCAGUCGGAAGUAAAUGGAAGAGAUAAAGUUGAUCGUGUAAAACGUCGGAAUUCACAAGAUUUACAAGAAUCUAGAGAAAGAACGAAAGUUGAUGGAAAGGAUAAAAUAAAACCUAUUAGACCGAGAGCUGAAUCACUUCCAGGUCUUCAAUUUCCAAAAGGUAACAAAAAUGAUUCAUCUGUUAUGACACCAACAUUGACCUCGUCCAAAUUAUCUGGUCGGACUCUUGAAAUUUCACCGGAAGAGAGAAAUAAAGGAUACACGAAAGAAAGAAGAAGACCAAAUUUAGAUAGAAGAUAUACGACUGAUACACUUCCUUUUACUUCUUCACCUUCCACUCUUACUACAGCUCUAUCUUAUACCUCUUCUUCUCCUUUCGGACAAGCACAAACGAAAUAUCAUUCUAGAAGAAGACAUUUAUCAACUCCUAUUUCCAGUUCAUCAAGUUCGACUUUAGAUUUCACUUCUCCUACUCAACCCUUUCCACAAGGUUCAAAUCAGGGAAAUGGACUACGAAAAGUAUACCCAUCAGGACAAAAACAAGUUGAAGGACAAGGACCAGGAUAUGAUGAAUCUCAUAAAAGUACAAAAAGGUCAACUUCCAUUUCCCUCGCUGCUCUAGGUGAAGUAUUACCUCCAAGCUCGUUGGCAAUCAAAGGAGGUACGAAAACUAUUGGAUAUAUACAUCCUUUAAGUGAUGAAGGUUAUGAUAGAUAUGCUACUCAUCCUGCUGCUCCUGCACCAGGUCGGAUUGAUCGACCGAGACAAAACCUUUCUUCUUUGUUGAACAUGAACAUUGAUCCUAAUUCCCCAUCUCAAACCUCUCCUACGGUUCAAAAUGAAGAAAGUCGUACUCCGAAACAACUUUCUACAACUCCAGGGGUUUUAUCACCGACCAGUCAUACCAGAAGAUCGAACUCUAUGGCGGAUGUACGGAGUAAUGAUUAUGGAUCGGGGGAAAGAGUCGGACGAAAAGUGAGAUCGAAAGUAUCUUCGAGUCAAACUGCAGAAACCACUCAAAAACAACAAAACAACAUUUAUCUACCUAUGGGUUAUCCUGAUCCCACUAGGGAAUUAGCAUGGAAUAGAGAAGGUCCACCGAUGAAAAGACAUGGAGUAGCUUGGUUAAGACCAGAUGUACCUUUACCUGAUUCACCUUCUGGUCCAAGAUGGACACAAGCCAGACCGCCAAGAGUGGACGUCGUCAUGGGUGGAGGAUGGUGGGAAAGCGGGGGAGAGGGAUAUGGACAGAGGUGA